AUGCCACGAACUUCUUCAAAAAAAGUAGAGAACAAUAAAGAAAGAAAAAACAAUUCAAAACAUGAGAAUGAAAAUUCUGUAAACGCGACCAAUGGUUCGAUUUCAGAAGAAGAAAAUGAAUCUUCCAAGGGAUCAGAAAUUACUCGUUGCGUUUGUGGAAUUGAGGAUAAUGACGAUGAUUCAAGUGAUGGAGGCUUAUAUAUUCAAUGUGAUCAAUGUUCUGUCUGGCAGCAUGGCCACUGCGUUGGAUUUCAAGAAGAAUCUGAUGUUCCUGACGUCUAUUACUGUGAACUAUGCCGGCCAGAGCUUCACAAGCUUUAUCAACGUGGAAGAGGACCAAAACAAUCCAAAUACAUGGGUCUUGUUGGUGAGCAGAAGCCUCAGCAGUCAGAAUCUUCUGAUGCUUCUCCUCCAUCACCAGUCGUCAGAAGACAGAUUCCAAAACAGCGUCUUACGAUGAACUCUCGAGAUGCAGCUUUGGAUUACGAAGAAUAUCUAACUAUUGCAAAAGAACAAUCUCUUCUCAAUAGGAGGUCUAGAGGGUUGUCCAAAUCGGCUUCACCUGUUCAAGCAUCCGUUUCUGAAGAAGCAUUGCCAGUGAAGGAAACACCAAAGGAGCAAGAACCAGGAUUAGAACAAGAACAAGGACAUGGACCAGAAGAAGAAGAGGAAGAAGAGGACCAAGAACAAGAACAAAAUCAAGAACAAGAACAAGAACAGGGACGUGGACAUGGACGUGGACAAGAAGAGAAACGUAAAGAACAAGAAGAAACUUCGCGUGAAGAAGGACAGGAACCGGAGCCCGGAAAAAUAUACAAAGACGAAUCCAUUCCCAUAAAUACCAUUACCACUGAAGAAAAAGUUGAAGAAGAGAAGAAUUUGGAAAGCGAGCCAGUCAAAGAAGAACCAGAGUCGACUCUGCCUUCUCCUACGAGUGUUCAAUCUACACAAGCAUCUUCAACUGCAGGGCGGGGAGGUGGUCGGAAAUCCAAAAGAGAAGCGCCAGUGGAUCACGAGAAAGGAAGUUUAUCUCCAUCCAUAACUGGCCAACGAGGACCAAAAAAUAGGAAGACUGGUUCUAGAAAAGGGAAAUCAUCUGGGUUUUCGGCAAAUGGCCAUCGCUCUGCACCCAACCAUGCAGAAGGGGAACAGACUACAGAGGCAAGUACAAAACAGAAAGGCUUGCAUCCAAGGAUUACUAUCACUGAAAUGCGGAGGCGUGUUGCGACAAUGUUGGAAUAUAUUGGACAUAUCCAGGUAGAAAUGGCAUCUCAAUCAGCGAAUGCGAUUGCGGUAUCGCAAAUGACGAAAGAAAUCUCAGAGGACGAGAAGGAAACGCUUCGUCAGGUGGAUAACUUGACACGGGAAUUGUUACAUUGGGAGCAAAGAUUUGGUAAAACCUGA